AUGAAAGAAGAGAGCUUGGCCCAAGCCAAGAAAAUUGACGAGCUCGAGACUCGGUUGUCCGCUGAUCUUGAAAAGGCCGCAUCUGAAGCAAAAAGAGUAAAGGCCGAUGCGGAUGUGGUCGUGGCCGUCUACCGAGCCGAUGCUGAAGCCGCUAAUGCUCAAGCAAAGGAAAUUUCCGAUGCUGCUCAGGUUCGAUCAUCCUGCGUUGCCGAGCAUGCCAAGUGCCAGUCUCGGAGAGAGACUCUCGAAGAGAUUCAUGCUCGUGGUUUUGACCUUUCUGCCGAUAUCGAGAACGCAAAAGUGCUAGAGGCUGAAGCCAAAGCUUUUCUCUCUGAUGAUGAUGACGCUGGGAGCGCGAGCGGAUCCGAGAACGGAGAAGAUGAAGAAGUUCCCGAGGAAGAUUAG